ACCACCCUCUUUUACACACCUCGGCUGUCAUGGCACGGCUGUGCAGCGUUUGUUCUGUUUACGAGAAAUUUGAGUAAAGUUUUAAAUAGUGAAGUAUUCAAAAUGUCAUCACUUUAUGUGUGUAGAAAUGGUUUAGACGGAACCACCAGCAUGAAAUCACACCCAACUCCACCAGUUGUUGACAAAGCCAAAGAAUGGCAAAUGGAACUACUCAUGGAGAAGUUGCGCUCCAAAGCUGGACAGUACAAAACGUUUGGAGAGAGUGCCAAACUCUUACGAAUGACAUUGUUGGAAAAGAGAUAUCCUGUCGACGGUGUUGAGCGCAUCCAGUUGCAAAAAUGCUUAGACACUCUUCAGAAUUCAAUUCGUGUUACAACUCUGAGUGGGAUGGUAGAAAGAUUAGAAAGUAUAUCACGGCAGUUAGGGUUAAAGUUCAUGACAACUGGUGGUGCAGGAUUAGAAUGGUUUAUUUCAUCUGACAUGUUUUAUGUAGAAGUUGUCUUGGAACCUUCAGGAAAUGUGAAGGAUGUGAAAAUUCAUCAUGAUGGGAAGACAGAAAGACAAAGUUGUGAAGAGUUAGUAAGUUGUCUGCAGCAACAAGAUUUUGCAGACUUUGCUGCUCAAUUGGAAGGCCUAGCAAGCAUUUAUCAACUAAACGCAGAAAAGCCUGUUAAAAGCAAUGCACUGAACGCACUUCAGUCACUUGAGGCUGAUCUUACAACUUUGUUUAAUUUACAAACAAUGGAUGCUCAAUCUAUGCUUUGCAAGUCCCCUGUGGGAAUACUUCAAAAGAGACGAGGAGGACAUGCUAUGCGCCUAACUUAUUGGGUGUCACCAUAUGACUUGUUGGAUCAAAAAACCUUGUCAGAAGUUACUAUGACUGUUGAACAAGUCAACAAACACAAAUUAGGGUAUAGUGUAACAGUCUGUAUGGAGGCAUCCACUGCUCAUAAACUUCAAAUUUCCCCUCUAGUCACCUCUCAGAGGGGAAGCAAUGGCAACAAUGUUCCCAGCUACACGUCUCUGCAGGCCAUGAACAGUGCCACUCUCCCUGCGUGUUUUGCCUUGAAACUUCACGAGCCACUUCCACUCUGUGUUUCAUUGGCUCGUCGAAUUCACCUCAUUACUGAUAUGGAAUGUGGAGACUUGUCAACCCCCCAUCCACUUCUAUCCCUUAUCACCCAGCAUUCUUCACGCGGUCAGUUGGACUGUGCUAACAACAAUGGGCUUUUUGUGAACCUUCCUGACCAAACUCAUUGCUACCGAAUGACAGAGACCAAAGGGCUUGAAGCUGUGAUGGUCAGCAGCAUACCUUUCACACACCCCAAACAAGUCCCUCACAUUUUGGGCUUAUUGCGUCAGCAGGCAAUUUUUAACUCAUUGAUUUCAAGUUGUAUCCGCAGUGGUGGGCGCCAUGACUUAGAUGUCAUUUUGCUCGAGGUGACUGCAUUAACAUGGCAGCAUCUCUCCAUCUCCUUAGAGCAUCCUUAUGAGGAAAGCAUGACUACUGUUGAGAUAGAUCUCACAGAUCCUGCCAAUUUCCAAUGUAACUUGUUUGGUGCUGGUACGUCAGGCCAAUCAGCAGUUACACCGGAAUUUGCUGCCAAAGUUUUUCAAAGGUGCAUGUCCAUACCUGUAACCAUGCGAAGUCUUAUCAAAAAGUGGCAGCAUCAAGCUUCUAUAUCUAAUGGACACACUAAUGGAAAUGGAAAUUUUAAUUUACCCCUCGGAAGUGGGGGUAGUGGCGGAGGUGGGGGAGGUCACCAUGAUGAUUCAAGCCGCCAUGGAAUGUCAGAUUACAACAUGAGAGACCCUCAUAUUAAAAUGGAGCCUCAUGACGGUUCUAAUGACAUGGGGGACUCAGCCAGCAACUUUCCCUCUUUUAACAGCCCUUUUUCUGGGGAUAUGUCAAAUGCGUCUCCAAUGAGUUCGUAUGGAGCAAGUUCUUCCAUGAUGGGCCACUCAAAAGAGCCAGUGGUAAUUAAUUUGAUGAGUGAUGGCAUGCCGAAGAAGAAGGCACGUAAGCGAAAAGUCAUGGAUAACCUAUGGCCCAAGCAUAAAGGAGAUGAGUGUGAGAUACUUGUUGAGAGUUCAAGCAAUGACUCCACACCUCAUGGUACGCCCACCUCAAGAGAUGCACCUGCGGAUUUUCGGAUUCCAACCCCCAACUCCAUUGAGCUGUCCCAUUUAAUGGAGGACGGGAAGCUGGAUCCGGCAUUAACCGAUAAAGGUCAGUCAGAGCUUGAGGGUAUGUCAGUUGAAGAUGUAAUGGAAAUUCAAGAAAUGGAUAGUGUGGAAGAGAUGUUGAAAGCUGUGUCUGCGAGGAAGAUAAAGAAACCGAGAGAAGAAAGAAAAUCCCCAUCGUCAAUAAUGCUUGACAUUGAUGGCAAAAGCAUGGUUCCACCAUCUGUAAGCAUAACACCCAUCAAUACAUCCUCGUCCUCUUCCUCCAGCUUAUCCUCUAGCUUAAACUCAGUUUUGUCUGGAAUGGGGCUAGAACGUCGCCCUGGAAUAGAAAUAAUUCCUAUUGGUUCAACUCCUCCAGCUUCUCUUCCUAGUACUAUCACCAUCACACCCAUUCCUCCAUCUAAAGGGAUGAGUGAUGAUAGAUCCCGUGACAGGAAAAGUCGAGAAAAAGCUAGAUCUGAAGAAGAGGAGAAACGCUUGGAAAAGAAAAGGAAACGAAGAAGAGAAGAUAGCCCAAUGGGCCCUCCAGACAAGCUACCUCCAAAACCAGACCCUCUGUCCAAGCCGGUUUCUGUGAGCAUCAAGCCCACAGACAGCCCUCCUAUGUCAAUGCCUCGGCCCUCGUCUCCCGCGGGAACUCUUCGCAAAUUCAGCACAUCUCCGACUCACACAAGCCCCCUUGUUCUGAUGAGCAAAUCUGCUUCAAGUCCUGGAGGAAUGAGCAAAUCUUCAAAACCUUCACCGACUCAUCAGAGUCCCAAGCACUCGCCUGCCUAUUCGACCAGUUCCCCUAAGCACAAUCCAAUCACUUCUAGUGCAAGUCCUAAACAUCAUGGAACUUCAUCUCCCAAACAUACUUCUGGAAGUUCAGGGAAACCAAGCAUGUCUACUCUCAAGUCAGCUGCAAAUUCACCAUCGUCAGUGAAAUCUGGGAGUUCUGAUCCAAUGAAAGUGAAACCGCCAUCUUCAAGCAAGGAUGGAAGUGGCAACAGAGACAAAGACCGGAGUAGGAUGUCAACGUCUUUACCAGGCUUGGUCAGUAGCAGCAGUAGUAGUAGUAGUGGAGGGGGGAGCAGUAGUACAACGAGCAGCAGUGGUGGGGGUGGGGGAAGUGGCAGUAGCUCUAGUGUCUUAAGUUCAGGGCACCAAAGUCCAAAGUUAAAGUCGUCAAGUAUUAAGGUGAAACAGCCUGACUUCUCUAUUGGUAGCGACACUACAGUAACGCCAAUUCCCCCACCCCCACCCCCAGCUGUUAGUGGCUCAUCUACUUCUCCCUCCUCAUCCCAAGACUGCAAACUAUCUUUGGCAUCCCAAUUGCCCCAGAUUAGAAACCGGAAGAACUCUCUUUCUGCUGUCAUUGAUAAACUUAAAUCACAGCACACAACUGGUGAUGACAUAGCAGUGACUAUUAGCAAUAGUGGUUUAAGUGCCAACCCUGGUGGUCCAUCUGCGAUGGUGAGCAGUGACUCCAGUGGUGGAAAUGGGAGCCGAGAACGUAUUCCCACUCCAACCAAAGGCCCAGAUAUGAAAGGCACUAGUAUCACUGGUAAACCAGGGGAUUCCGGCAAAAAUCCUGGUGAAUACAUGGUCAAGCCUGGUUCUGAAGGAAUUAAGCUAACAAUUAACAAAACUAGAGCAAAAGAGACUUCUUCCAAAUCAUCUCCUUCAUCUUCCGGUAUGAUGAAAUCAUGUUCUUCGCAGUCAGGAUCAGGUUCUCCCAAACUAGGCCACACAGGUCUCAAACCCGGGGUGAAUAGUGGUCCUGCUUCCAAAAAGCCCCAAUCUUCAUCUUCACCGGGUCUCCCUAAGAUAUCAUCAAGUAGUGGUAAUAGUAGUGGGAGUUCUUCAUCCAGCACCGGUAUUAAAUCUUCCUCUAACCCUUCCUCUUCAAAGAAUCCAUCGUCAUCUGUCACAUUAUUGUCAUCGUCGUCGUCAUCAUCAUCAUCCUCAGCAUUUCCCAAAAGCAGCAGUUCAAGUGGUUCGUCAAAGUCCAUCUCCAAAUCAAGUGGUUCUCCAAAGUUAGGCUCCUCAAGUAGCAGCUCGGACCCGAACCGAAGCAGAGACAGCAGUAAACCGCGACCACCGAAAACCAGUAGCAGUGGUAGCAGCGGUAGCAGCAGUGGCAGCAGUAGCAGUGAUAAGUCUCUGUUUGCUGGCAAAGAGGCACGCAAGUCUAGCCCUGCACCUCCGCGGGACGAAGAGAGUGAUCGCACAUUCAAAGCUAUUACAAGUAAAAUGGAUGCAACCUUUGGCCUGGAAGGAUUUGUCAAACAACUUGAUACAAAAUUUCAAAUCCCAAAGUUAUCUGCUCGGUCUAGUAAUUCGGAUUCUGAUCAAGGCAAGAAGACAACGCCAGAGAAAUCGGAAUCCGGAUCUUCUAAUCGGAAUACAGAUUCUAAUAAAGCACUAGACCUUGUGAAACCAGAGCCGAAGUAUAGCACAAACUCACCCAUUCCAUCUACAUCCCCAUCAUUACCUCCCUCUAGUUCUGGCAUCACCGUCACCCCCAUCACCAAAUCUGAUGACAAGCUAAGCAGUAGUCAAAUUGAAUCAAAGAUGCCCAAAAACUCUUCCGCUACAAUUACUCCCAGUCACUCAUCCCCAAGCCCUCGACUGACUCCUUCUCCGUUACCGAAAUUGGAAAGCAAGACCCCCUCGGAUGGAUCACCUAUUCCAGGCCUAACCAUAACUCCGAUUGGUAGCAUUACAAGCAUGAGUGGUGGAGGGACAGGUGGUGGUAGCUCUAGCAAUGAUUCUAUGGACCUUUCCAUUGAUUUGAGCCGGCCUUCAUCCGAUACCAAGUCUAAAUGUGAAUCUCAGCGUGGCGGUCUGGGACUCUCUAUUGUCCCAUCUUCAUCCAAAGACGAUUUAAGUAUUAGGUCUGUUAGUCCUAGUGAUUCCUCUAUGCCCAAGACAGAUAAACCAAGAGACUUUUCCAUGGUUGGCGAAGAAAGUAAAAAAUUGGCUUUGGAAACAGCAUUUGCAAGAAUGGAAGAGUCACGUGCAACACCUCCUAGCAGUCAAUCCUCACAAGAUGCUACAGAGAUGCUGUUGGACUUCUCUUCAACUAGCAAAGCUCCUUCUGAGCCAUCUGUCAGAAAAAUGACCGUAGCAGAACGAGUAAUAGCUGCUUUACCUUCUAGGCGCAAUACCACUCCACCACCUCCCAUGUUUCCUGCUUCUCCAUCUGUUACCAUGCAUAUUGUCAAGUCACCCUCAUCGCUCAUUAUACCUUCCCCUCAGUCAGGGUCCCCAUGUAUUACUGAUGAUGACUUAAUGGAUGAAGCGUUAGUAAUGGCAAGUAAUAAGUUUUAACAAUUUUAUUGGUUUUAAAAUAAUUUAUACACAAAUAUAUAUAUUCUGUACUACAUUUUGAUUGUUACUGUAAAGAUUAAGAAUUGCUGCAUCUCCAUAUCUAAAAUGCCAGAAUGUUCCACUUGUUAUUUUGUGUGUGUGGGUGUGUCUGUCUGUGUGUCUCUCUGUAUGAGUGUUUGUGUUGAAUUUAGACAAUUGUUUAUUGCUAAGUCUCUCUGUUAUUGCUUUCAGAUGUACUGUUGGUUGUUAACUUCUCUACAAGGACAAAAAAAAUUUCCCUUUAAUCAACUUUCUUUAAAUCAACCCAAUUCUUCUCAUUUUUUCCAAGUCAUUUUGGAUCAGUGAAUUUCACGUUUGUUUUCUGUAUUGCUUGUUAUUAUUUCAUGCAUGGUGAGAUUCCAUGUACAUUGCUUCUAUGUGUUGUCUUCCUUCUUUACUUCAGAUUAAAGAUGGCAAUCGAUUUGGUAAGCCCUUGAGUGCCAUGAUAGAUAAUCCAGUUCUGCCAGCUCUUGUCUUCUUAAACAUGCUGUGAUUUUGAAGAACUCUGUCAAAAUUUGCUUUGUUUAUCUUAUUGACUGAUGCGUUGAAGAGAAUCUGAAAUUUCAAUCAGUUCUUCACAAGUGUGUGUACCGUAUAUUGUGUGUUUUAUUGCAACAAGCUGAAUUUCCUCCAGACCAAAUGUGUUUUUUCCUCUCAAGAAAGCUCUCUGUUAGGUGAUAAAAACAAACAUCUCUUGUUGUCUGUGAGUAUUUGAUGGCUCACUCCCUCAGUUUCAAAUACCUUGCUCUUGUCAGAAUCGUUUUUUUUUUUUUUUUUUUUUUUUUUUUUUUUCAUUUCUUUCUUUAAAUUGUUGUUAUACUCUACUUUUUAUUAUCCCAGAAGGAAAUGAUAUGUCUUUUGCAAUUUUGUCUGUCAAAUCUUGAUUUUGGCUCCUUGUUUUAUUCUUACUAGUUCUGAUAGAACUGUGAACAAGAAAGGGACUUAAAUGAAAGCAUUUUGCUUGUAAUAUCUAAGAAUAGAGCUAUAUUUUCUCUCUAGUUCUAUGAUUUCUAUACAUUAAUGUUGCUGUAUAUACUACAUAUAUAUAUAUAUUGAAAUUGUUGGUUUGAGGAUAUCAUACAGUCCUGAGAAAUUCCUUUAAACUUGUACAUAUUUUCACUUGUUACAUAUUGCUGCAAUACUAGCAGUAAAUAAUUAACCAAGCGAACCUCUGUGCUCUAAGAGAUAUAUGAUUUGUAUAUUUUGUGAAUUGUUUUGUUCUUUAUGCUCCAUGCCAGAUUCUCCCACAGUGUAUAUUUAAAAUUUAUGCAAAUAUGCAGGUUUAAAAUAAAGAUAAAAUGUGAUACCAUG